UUCUAUAUAUGAUAAUUGUCAGAAGGUUUUUUUAGGUUAGUAGUGGUUGUCCCCAUCAUUGCUGCCAUUGUUGCUAUGGCUGCUGCUUAUGAUGGCGAUGAUGAUGAUGAUGAUGAUGAUGAUGAUGAUGAUGAUGAUGAUGAUGAUGAUGAUGAUGAUGAUGAUGAUGAUGAUGAUGAUGAUGAUGAUGAUGAUGAUGAUGAUGAUGAUGAUGAUGAUGAUGAUGAUGAUGAUGAUGAUGAUGAUGAUGAUGAGGACGGGACCGAACUUUCAUACAGUGUGACCGCUUAUGACACUGCAGCACCAACAGCAGCCGCAGCAGAUGCGGUAACUUCGAAUCUAGAUAUUUGAAGCAUAUAGCUUGUCGAAUCUUGC